CGCCAGGCGCAUGCGCGACCCGAGGGAGCUUAUACCACGCCUGCGCAGACCGUCUGUCAUGGCGGCUUCCUGAGUCCUACGGCGAGGGAUUCGCGUGGGACUCCAGCCCAGGGUCAUGGCGGGGGCAUCCCAGGAAUAACAUGGGCCAGCCAUGGAUGAGGUCACCUUCAAAAGUGACACUGUGCUAUCUGAUGUCCACCUGUACACCCCCAACCAGAGACACCUCAUGGUGCGGCUGAAUGGCAUGGGGCAACCAGUCUUCCUGUCCCAGUUCAAGCUCCUGUGGAGUCGGGACUCUUGGACACACUCAGGGACUGAGGACAGUGGUCCCAGAGAUGUCUCCGCACAGGAGACCUCUCCUGCUCGGUCAGAAAGUAGCCGCAGUCAUGAGGAUUUGUCCCUCCAGGCUGGGGAUGGCAUCACCAUCCAGGAAGGGUUGAAUGUUCCCCUGGAUGAGGAUGGGGACCUGGAUGUGGUACGAAGACCACGAGCUGCUUCUGACCCUAACCCAGCAGAGCCUGCAAGAGACAAGGUACAUCCCAUGAUUCUAGUACAGGAAGAAGAUGACCUCCUAGGGGAUGAAGAACAAGAGAGCUGCCCCCACAGCAUCAUCAAAAUAGAGCAUACCAUGGCCACGCCCCUGGAGGAUGUAGGCAAGCAGGUGUGGCGGGGCGCCCUGCUCCUGGCAGACUAUAUCCUGUUCCGAAGGGACCUCUUCCAGGGAUGCACGGCGCUGGAGCUCGGGGCAGGCACAGGUCUUGCCAGCAUUGUGGCAGCUACCAUGGCGCAUACUGUGUAUUGUACAGAUGUCGGCACAGACCUCCUGACCAUGUGCCAACGAAACGUUGCCCUCAACAGCCACCUGGCUGCCACUGGAGAUGGCGUGAUUAAGGUCAAGGAGCUGGACUGGCUGAAAGACGACCUCUGCACAGAUCCCAAAGUCCCCUUCAGCUGGUCAGAGGAAGAUAUCAACGACAUGUACGAUAACACCACUGUGCUGUUUGCAGCUGAAGUGUUCUACGAUGACGACUUAACCGACGCCCUGUUUAACACGCUCUCCCGACUCGUCCACAGACUGAAAAACGCCUGCACAGCUAUACUGUCAGUGGAAAAAAGGUUCAACUUCACACUGAGACACUUGGACGUAACCUGUGAAGCCUACGAUCACUUCCGUGCCUCCCUGGACUCACUGGAGAAACUGGCUGAUGGCGGACUACGCUUCAUGGUGGAACCUGUGGAGGCCUCCUUUCCGCAGCUGCUCAUCUAUGAGCGCAUCCGGCAGCUGGAACUCUGGAAGAUCAGAGUGGAACCAACAGCACCAGUCACCUCUGAUGUGACCUCUUGACUGUUAAUAUAUUUCAAAUAAAAACAAACCCCCCAUGCA